AACGUGAAGCAAUCCAACCCCUUUUAAGCACACAAAGAAACAACCUAACCUAAUACGCAUCAUAAAGUUCCCUAGAUUCCAGAAAGUAAAAAAUUCAAAGGCUAAAGCUCCAAGCAAGCUCGAUUAUUAUUUGUUAAAAAGUUACAAGCUUUCUACUUUGGUUUCAGUGUGUUGUCCGAACGAACACGCUUAGAAAUCGCGUGAGAUUUGUGGUUCCGAAGCCUCCGCAAAAAAGAGAGAAGGGUCUCUCUGUAUUUUAGGGCUAACUUUCUUUCUGAAAAAAAAAAUUGAAGCUUUGAUUCAAGAGAGAGAGAGAGAGAGAGAGAGUAGAGAUGUGUAGUUUGUCGGCGAGUCUGUUGUUACCAACAAAGCUGAAACCAGCUUUUUCCGACAACCGGAGUAACAGUAACAGCAACAGCUCACUCUUUCUGGCCAAUACAAGAUCCAAGAGGAAAAGCCAUUCGAUUGUUCCCAUGGCAAGGUUGUUUGGACCGGCGCUUUUCGAAUCAUCCAAGUUGAAAGUAUUGUUUUUAGGAGUUGACGAGAAGAAGCAUCCCUUAACGCUUCCAAGAACUUAUACCCUCACUCACAGUGACAUUACUGCUAAACUAACUUUAGCUAUUUCUCACUCCAUUAACAAUUCUCAGUUGCAAGGAUGGGCAAAUAAGCUAUACCGAGAUGAAGUCGUAGCAGAAUGGAAGAAAGUGAAAGGGAAAAUGUCUCUCCACGUUCACUGUCACAUAAGCGGUGGCCAUUUCCUUCUAGAUCUAUUCGCAAAGUUUAGAUACUACAUCUUUUGCAAAGAGCUACCAGUGGUGUUGAAUGCUUUUGUCCAUGGAGAUGUAAACUUGUUGAACCACCAUCCUGAGCUACAAGAAGCUCUUGUUUAUGUUUAUUUCCAUUCCAACGUCAAUGAGUUCAACAGAGUCGAAUGUUGGGGUCCGCUUUGGGAAGCUACUUCUCCUGAUGGUCGUCACAGGACUCAAACUCUUCCUGAGAUGCAGUGCGUGGAUGAAUGCACUUGUUGUGCUCCACCGAUCAGCUCGAUUCCGUGGUCUCAUAGUCUUAGUAAUAAUGAAGGUGUUGAUAGCUACUACUCUGGGACUCAGGUGGAGGGAAUGUCUACUCCUAAUCCGGAGAAACUCUAGUCAUUUUAACCGAUAUACAACUUUCUGUUAAAAAAACCUUUUUGGUGGAUGGAUCUAAUAUAGGUUUUGGUUUGGUUUGGUGUACAUAAUGUUGGUAUAGGAAAAUAAUGAAAUGGUUAAUAUACUACUAUUCAUAAAAA